UAAGGAACCUUGAAUUCUUCUGGUUGUCAACAACAAAAAAACAAAAUCUUAAACUAGUGCCAAAGUCGGAAAAUGGCGGCUUAUUUAACUUGUCAAUCGUUAAGUGGACUGCCUUUGUUUAUAAGGAGGAAAGGGGACAUUCCAUCUCUACCUUUCCCAUUGGUGGCCAGCUUGAACGGUGUUUACACUUACACAAAAACUCAAGGAGCUGAGCUUGAAAACACUUGCUCAGAAAAUACAUUUGUUGUCUGGAAGGAAUAUCAUGAUACUUUUAUGCUCUGUAUAGUCGCAACUGACUCGUCCCUAUCUACUGUGCAUUUAAAACACAUCCUUGACCUUGUUUCCCACACAAUGGUAUUUUACUUAGGUUUAGAAGAAUUGGUCAGUGUAAAAAACAUUGAAAGACUGAAAAAAGAUCUAAAGGUGUGUUACCCUCUGAUUGAUACAAUCCUUGAUGGAUUGAACCCUAAAGAAGAUUUGGAGGACUUUUGUGACUUGACCAAUUACACAGAUGUACUUUGCUGCACUGAGCGAUCAACAUUUGAGGGCAUUCUAAACUGUUUUGCUGAGAGUGUUGGCACGGUGUUUGGUUGUCUACGAGUCAGCGGCAAAGUUGCAGCAGCGACACCAAAUUGGUGGACUCUCGACAGUGUUGAAUUGUUGCAGAUCCAGUUACUCUUGUCGAACGAAAGGUACGACACUGGAAUCGACAUUCCGAUUUACCUUCCCGUGAGAAGUCCCAAAAUACCUUUUCGCCUGGUGCAAUGGAAAUUGACUCAGAAUUCCGACGUCUGCCUACUUUGUGGACCAACACCUUCUCUUGCCGACUUGGAAAAGGAAGUGAAACGGUUCUGGAGGACCGCGUUUGCCCUUCUCAAGUCAGCCGAGUCGUGUUAUCCAGCCAACAUUCCCCUUGAUAUUACUUUGGAUAAGAAUGUUCUCUCUUACUUGGUGGUUAAUACGGAGAAGCGGCGAUCACUCAGCUCACUUUCUCCGCAUUCAACGAGUGGCGAUGCUCAUUCGCACUUAACCGCUGUUCGAAAGCGAGAUAUACUGAGAACAUUUUACAAAACAAUCGUCGGGACCAUGAUCAACUUACCCAGUGCCACCCAAUCCGAUUCAGAAGAUGCGUCUCACGAUUCCAAGGAAGUCUUUAUGAAUUUUGAAUACUAUUCUCUACAUGCCUUAAUAUCGGAAAUGUAUUUGAUACUUGUCCUUUAUCCGUCUGGGCUUCAUAACCAUUACCUCAGGUCCAUCACUCGAUCAACCCUGAAAAUACUUACACACGAAAAGAAUUGCAAGUGGGGAUGACCCAUUCUGAAGAAACAUUGAUCUGUAAUUCAUAGUGCGCAACCAAAACAAUAUAAUCGAUUCGUACAGUCA